CCGCCGCCGCCUCGCGGUCACCCCUGCCGAGCGGCCACUCCUCCGCCUGUCCCCGUCUCCUCGCUCUAAGAAAACUUUUUCACGCUAAAGUCAGGGCGCCCCUCCCGCCCGUCGCAUAUUGAUAUUUCCACCUUCUGAACGACCUGCAUUUUUUUAAACGGAAAUCAAGCAAGAUACGUUUUUCCAUUGGCAUUGACUCUCGCUUGCUUGCCAAAGUUUCCUAUUAAAAAAAAAGAAAAAAACCUAAAAAAAAAACCAACUCUGCCUGACCUGUACUUCUGAGACUUAUUGGUUUCUGUUUUUAUUUUUCUCUUACUUUAAAACAGCAACAACUUUUUUUCCACUUAAAAAAAAAAUGCACGCCCGCGUGCUGAGCGCGCUGCUGACCCUGCAUCUGGUGCCGGCGGCGCUCGCCCUGUCUACCUGCAGCUCGCUCGACAUGGACCAGUUCAUGCGCAAGAGGAUCGAGGCGAUCCGCGGGCAGAUCCUCAGCAAGCUGAAGCUCACCAGCCCCCCGGAGGACUUCCCCGAGCCCGAGGCGGUGCCCCCGGAGGUGAUCUCCAUCUACAACAGAAUCCAUGCCUCUAGAGCUCCCUUUUAUCUGGCACCGUGUGACUUCUGGCUCCUCCCCAAAGACGAGAUGACCGUGAGAGAUGCCAUCCCGCCCCCUUUCUACAGACCCUACUUCAGAAUCGUCCGAUUCGAUGUCUCUGCAAUGGAGAAAAAUGCUUCCAAUUUGGUGAAAGCGGAGUUCAGAGUCUUUCGUUUGCAGAACCCAAAAGCCAGAGUGCCUGAACAACGGAUCGAGCUGUACCAGAUUCUCAAAUCCAAAGAUUUAACCUCUCCAAACCAGCGCUACAUUGACAGCAAAGUUGUGAAAACAAGAGCGGAAGGCGAGUGGCUGUCCUUCGAUGUGACAGAUGCUGUCCACGAGUGGCUUCACCAUAAAGACAGGAACCUUGGAUUUAAAAUAAGUUUACACUGUCCCUGCUGCACCUUUGUGCCAUCUAAUAAUUACAUCAUACCCAAUAAAAGUGAAGAGCUAGAAGCAAGAUUUGCAGGUAUUGAUGGCACCUCCACAUAUACCAGUGGUGAUCAGAAAACUAUAAAGUCCACUAGGAAAACAAACAGUGGGAAGACCCCACAUCUCCUGCUAAUGUUAUUGCCCUCCUACAGACUUGAGUCACCACCGUCUAACCGGCGGAAGAAGCGUGCUUUGGAUGCAGCUUAUUGCUUUAGAAAUGUGCAGGACAAUUGCUGCCUGCGUCCACUUUACAUUGAUUUCAAGAGGGAUCUUGGGUGGAAAUGGAUUCAUGAACCCAAAGGCUACAAUGCUAACUUCUGUGCCGGGGCCUGUCCGUAUCUGUGGAGCUCUGACACUCAGCACAGCAGGGUCCUCAGUUUAUAUAACACCAUAAACCCAGAGGCGUCUGCAUCUCCGUGCUGUGUGUCCCAGGAUCUGGAGCCGCUCACCAUCCUCUACUACAUCGGCAAAACCCCCAAGAUCGAGCAGCUCUCCAACAUGAUCGUCAAGUCCUGCAAAUGCAGCUAAGGGUCUCAGAACAGAGGCAAAACAAAAAUCGCAAAAAAUGACGACGUGACAAGAAAACAUUAGUGAACCUUGGUUCCUCCGUGUUCAGGAGUAUGAGAAAAGCGGUACUAGUUCCAAUACUUUGGAAGUGUGUGUUCUGUUUGUUAAAACUGGCAACUGAAACAAAAAAAGGAAAAGAGAAGGCCUUAUUCUACAUUUCACCUACUCUAUAAGUGAGAGACAAGAAGCAAAAUCUUUUUUAUUUUAAAGGAAAAAAAUAAACACUGGAAGAAUUCUUUAGUGUUAUGUGAAAGAAAAAAAAAAAAAAGCAAGCCAGGAGAAUCCCGUUCAGUGGAGUCACUGUCCUCCCAUCCCCUCCCGUGCCACUCUCGCUCUGUCAUGCGGUGCAGUAGGCACCAGCCCAUCCUCCUCCGAGAUUUAACAGCAAGUUAUUUAUUGUGUGUUGCUAUAUAAUGAACGUUUCGUUGCCCUUGGAAAAUACAACAGGUGUAUAAAGUGGAGACCAAGUCCUUUGCCAGAGACUCAUGGAUGGUUUACGGAGACGAGAACUCAAACGAGCCAGAAGAAAAGAGGUCGUUAAAGGGGUGAAAAGCCCCGUGAGUUGUUGUCUGCCCGAGCAAGUCUGCCGUAAGACAAAGACCGGAAAGCACAUGCUAUGUACCGACUGCUUGAGGAAGAUGUACGUAGGGUUCAAACACUAAAAAACCUGUUAAUGAGAGCAAUUCUCAGCCAGAAUAAGUCUGUAAGAUUUUUUUCCUUUUAAUUGUAUAUGGUUCUUCUUCAGCUUGAUAAACUAGUGAAAUGGUGAGAUGUCUUGACACGUACUGGUCAGACUGCAGACCUUAAAGUAUUGCUGUAUAGCCAUGCCACAGGUUUUUUCCCUCUGUUUUGGUGUAUGUAGCCCUACCUGUAUUAUUGAAAUAGAUGGGUGUAGAAGCCAGCGCAAUUGAAAACACAUCUGCAGAUCUCCUUUGCAAACUAUUAAAUCGAAACAUUAACUACUUCACAUGUAAUGUGUAAAUUCUUACCAUGUUUUUAUAUUCUGUAAUAGUGUCAACUAUGAUUUAGAUUGGACUUAAAUUUGAACUCUUUUUAAUUAUCACUCACAAUUAACUGUAUGUUUCCUUUAGCUGGCCAGUAUUUUCAGUAAAGCCCCUAGAUUUUACCUUGUACCACAAAGAUAUUUUAUAAUAAGAUUUGCUCUUCUGUUCUUUGUGUAUUGUCCAUUUCUGUCACACGAGCUACCUGUGUCUGUCUUUUUUUUCUUUUACAAAAAGAAUAGAUUGGAAUUUGGUGGUCUUCCUUCAUCUUUUGAUCAUCAUUACUAAUCAAGUCAAAUGUUGAAAAAUGUCUAUAGUAGGAAAAUGGGAACUGCUAUGGAAACAUAGGGGGAAAUCUUCUAAUUUUCACAAGAAUCUAAGGAUCUGAACUCAGAAUCCUGGUGGCUGAGUUAACAUGGCUUAGUUAGUAUUUUUGCGGAAUUUUAUUGUUAUUAAAAGGCAACUAGUUGAGGAAAUAUCUUUCCCUGUAGUCAGUUUUUUAGUGUUCAGGGGGAGAUGGAAGGUUGCCUCUUUUAGUUACUUUUUGUAAAGGAUGAAAAAAUCCAGUUCACCCUUAGUCAUUUCACCUACUUCACUGAAGUUAAGCCUUUUGAUAGAUGUUCUUGAGAGGUUGGAAAGGCACAAGCCAAAUUCUCCCAGGAUCAAAAUAUUCUCUUCCCCAAGUGUGAGUUAUCUACAACUGGGGCUACAGUUUACUUGGCUUACAGAAAUGACUUGUCACAUCAUUUCGGAAGGGGUACCUCACGUCUGGGUUCCUAGCAUACAUUUGUCACUUAUUUAGCUUUCAGAUAAAAAUUCAUAGGCAGAUCAGUGCAAUAGGUACAGUUUCACCUAAGGGCAGCAAAGCAAGACAGGAACGGGAUACUUUCCUGCCCAUCAUUGAGAUGAAGAUUGGAUUUGCAAGUUUGAAAACUGGAAAAGCAGGCUCUAGAGAGGAUGCCACAAUAGUGAACAGCUCUUACAUCAGGUGUAACCCAAUCCCAGACUGAGUGUGUCGCGUUUUCUCUCUUCCGCUCUUCUGUUAAUUCUGUGUAAAUCACUUUUAUUUCUGCAGGUGUUUUCCUCUUAGAUAAAAUGACAUUUUGUUUCGUAUUAUUUGUCUUUCCUUAUGAAUGCACUGAUAAUAUUUUAAAUGCUCUAUUUUAAGAUCUCCUGAAUCUUUUUGUUUUUAAUUGGGGGGGGGAGGGUUCUACAGGGUCUUUAUUUCCCAUCAAUAAAUGUUGCCAUGGGAGGGGAGGGUGGUGGGUGGGAAGGGAGAAGUGUUAGUAGACCGGCGGGGCAGCAGUACAAUUUUAUGGUUCGCAUGGUUAAAAAAUUGGAAUAUAAGAAUAGCUGUUUUGUACUUUGACGACCAAUUAUGCUGUAUUUUAACACAAUGUAUGUCUGUUUUGUGGUGCUCUAGUGGUAAAUAAAUUAUUUCAGUCCUAUAUUGCUGUGCGUGU